AUGCGAAGUGCUACUUCGAUGAAUCCGUACUUGGCCAGUCGGCCAGCCACUCUCGGUCUUGCCAAGAUUUUCUUCUUGCUCCUCGCUCAAAUUCCGGCAUUGACGACGGCUGCUCCUACGGCUCUCCAUGGGAUAUGGGCCAAACAUGAUGCUGAUGGGAAGGAUCCUGAAGAUCCGGAGUUAUGGCUGUAUCUAGGAAUCUCGAUUUUCCUAGUUCUGGCGGGCGGGGCCUUUGCAGGAUUGACUAUCGCGUUAAUGGGCCAGGAUGAGAUCUACCUCCAAGUCAUCGCAUCCUCAGGCGAAGAAUCAGAGAGAAAGAACGCUGAAGCUGUGCUUCGGCUUCUAAAGAGGGGGAAACACUGGGUUCUCGUAACGUUAUUGCUCAGCAAUGUCAUAACAAACGAAACACUCCCUAUCGUGCUGGAUCGCUCUCUAGGAGGUGGUUGGCCAGCAGUGGUGGGGAGUACCGUGUUAAUUGUCAUCUUCGGCGAAGUCGUUCCACAAUCGAUCUGCGUUCGCUAUGGUUUACCAAUUGGGGCAUGGAUGGCACCCUUCGUCCUGAUACUUAUGUACCUCAUGUCUCCAGUAGCAUGGCCUGUUGCCAAACUUCUCGACAGACUCCUAGGCGAAGACCAUGGAACUGUGUACAAAAAAGCCGGCUUGAAGACUUUGGUGACUUUACACAAAUCUUUGGGUGCCGCUGGUGAACAACUUAACUCCGACGAAGUCACUAUCAUCAGUGCAUGCUUAGAUUUGAAAGAGAAGUCUGUCGGGAGUAUAAUGACACCAAUGGACGAUGUCUUUACCAUGUCUGUGGAUACAGUGCUGGAUGAAGAAAUGAUGGACCUUAUUCUAUCACAGGGUUACUCUCGUAUUCCCAUACAUGCGACUGACAAUGAGCACAACUUCGUUGGCAUGCUGCUUGUCAAAAUGCUCAUUACCUACGACCCAGAAGACUGCAAGCAGGUCCGCGACUUCGCACUUGCCACUCUGCCGGAAACACGCCCAGAAACAAGCUGUUUGGAUAUUGUCAAUUUCUUCCAGGAAGGCAAGUCUCACAUGGUUCUUGUAUCUGAUUACCCAGGUGAGGACCACGGUGCUCUCGGUGUUGUCACAUUGGAAGAUGUCAUUGAAGAGCUCAUUGGCGAGGAAAUCAUUGAUGAGUCCGAUGUAUUCAUUGACGUGCACAAGGCGAUCAGACGACUGGCCCCCGCGCCAAAAGCACGAGUUCCAAAGGGCCGCAUUGUUGAAGAACCUCCUUCCUUGCCAAAUACUACAGUCGAUGAUCAUAAUGCCAACCUCGAUUUGUCAAAGGUUCAGAGCGCUGGUAGUGAACCUCGAAGACUUAGUUCAACCGUGGUGCAGCCUCUUGGGCCUAAAUUCACUCUUCGAAACAAUUUCGGCGCCCCAGAACAACUGGUCGUAAAGAGGGGAACGGAUGAAAUUCGUGAACAUUUAAAACAUCUGGGGCCUUCCAACUUGGCAAGUCGGCCUCGACAGACACGCUAUCAAACUGUCAAGAUUAAAGCUCCCGGAACGUCGCCUACUCGGUCAGGCCUCACAGACUCGGAAUCAGGAAGACUUAUGGGCGAGCAACUUAGACGUCCUUCUGAAGUGGCAAGUAAUGGUAGCGGUAUAGGCUCAAAACUACUCGGAUCACCGUCUUUCAAAGCAAAAGACGGCGUCCACGCUGUACAGCAAGGUUAUGGCACGAUUGAUGGUGGCGUGGCCACGGUGAUAUCUCCUCUAGAUGAUGAUCAGAAAACCCACAUCAAAGACGCCAUUCCAGAAUCCCAAUAUGAGAGGGACAACAGAACUCCAAAAUAUUCUCCUCCGCGUACACCAAACCGAAGCAAACCCAGUAGUCUUCAUUCCGAUGAAGCACGACGAAGCGGUGCCUUCAAACCCGGCCCCGCUCGAAGUGGAAGUAUUACCGAACAAGUGGUUGAUCUCAAUGGAGUACGCAAAGUUGUCCUCCAAACGACCAGUAGCAGUUCAUCGGGUGAUGAACAAUCCACAAGCAAUGGCAAAACUUCUCCUACUUCACAACAACAUCACCACCAUCAUUACCGACAUCAAGAGACGACAGAGCUAUCCUACGAACAAGCGAUCGACUCUGACCAGGACGGUGGAGCCGCGAGUACAACCAAGAAGAAACGUCGACGCCGUAAGAAGAAGAGGCAAGGCGAUGACCCUGAGAAUGCACCUCUUUUACCGCCGUGAUCUGUAUGCAUAAUAUUUCUGCUCUUUCUGUUCAUGUAUUUUCGGUUUCCAGACAUAUUUGCGAAGGCUGUAUUUUCGGUGUAAUGAUGUUAUCUGGCAAACAUGACAUUACGUUGUGCUCAUGUAUACUUUGGUCUUUAGAAAGGGAAAGGCUGUUACCUAACGAGUGUGAAGAUAGCUGUUUAACUGAGAAUUCGACAAAGCUGUUCUAACGUCAUAGUGGGUGUAUCUUGUUCAUAGGAAAGGUCCAUUCACAGGGUGUAAGCAGAAGGGUACAGGAACCUUGGAAUAGCCAUAUAUCAUUUUAUCAUUCAAACCUGUCAUGUAUCUACAUCACCUUUUUCCUCUUGAUUCUAUGCAAAACAGUAAGCUGCAAUAUGCCAAAGUCUCGGAAGUAUUCAUGAAAGACAAAACAUUCAUCAUUUGCUAUAUACAAAAAUAACCAUCCCAUGCAACGAAAAAAAAGGCAAUAAUAAUCAUUGAAGGAGUGGAUCC